GUGCGAUUGCGGGAGCUGACCUCGGCUUCGUGGGGCUUUCUCGGAGCUCUGGCCGUAGCGCUACGAUCUCCGCAACCAUUGAAGCUGCCCGCAGCUGCAGUUAAUUCUACAUCCGAGGAGAUUCCCAGACUAAUUGCUGGAACAAUAAUGGGUGUCUCUCUGGCAUUGCGGACCGUCGCGCGGCGGCCAAUUCUGUCGACCUUUGGUCUGAAUCGAACAGCACAAUGGCGGUGCUUAUCGACGGGAAUUCCUCUGCCAGACGGUACGCUUCCACUGGAGGGUAUACGCGUUUUGGACAUGACUAGAGUGCUUGCGGGUCCCUAUUGUACGCAGAUUCUUGGAGAUUUGGGAGCAGAUGUUAUUAAGAUCGAACACCCUGUCCGAGGUGAUGACACCCGAGCGUGGGGACCGCCCUAUGCGAAGUAUAAGGAAGGGUCAAAGGAAGGCCCCGGUGAAAGUGCAUAUUACUUGGCUGUGAAUCGGAACAAGAAAUCAGUCGGCCUCUCGUUUGCCCAUAAGGCAGGCGUGGAAAUCCUACACAAGCUUGCGCGGGAAUGCGAUGUAUUGGUUGAGAACUAUCUUCCUGGCAACCUGAAGAAGUACAAUAUGGAUUACGAGACACUGAGCAAGAUAAACCCCAAGUUGAUCUAUGCGAGUAUCACUGGUUAUGGACAAACUGGCCCAUACAGCAACAGGGCUGGUUACGACGUUAUGGUAGAAGCGGAGAUGGGUUUGAUGCACAUCACAGGAUCCAGGGACGGUCCACCGGUAAAAGUGGGAGUUGCUGUCACAGAUCUUACGACAGGAUUGUAUACUUCCAAUGCGAUCAUGGCUGCACUUCUCGCAAGAGUUAGAACAGGUAGAGGCCAGCAUAUCGAUGCUUGUCUGAGUGACUGCCAGGUGGCCACUCUCUCGAACCUGGCGAGCUCCGCAUUGAUUUCCGGAGAGAAGGAUUCAGGACGAUGGGGUACAGCACACCCAUCUAUCGUACCAUACAGAAGCUACAAGACACUCGAUGGCGACAUUCUCUUCGGCGGAGGCAACGACAGAUUGUUCGGAGUUUUGAGCGACAGACUUGGUCACCCAGAGUGGAAAGAAGACCCUCGAUUUGUCACGAACAGUGUCCGAGUAAAACAUCGCGCGGAUAUUGACGGCAUGAUUGAAGAGAUCACGAAACAGAAGACAACGCAAGAAUGGCUGGAGAUCUUCGAAGGGAGCGGUAUGCCAUAUGCUGCCGUCAAUGACAUCCAAGGCACACUAAACCACAAGCAUGUCCAAGCUCGAGGGAUGGUUCAAGAAAUCGAACAUCCAGCCUGCGGCCCCAUCAAGCUUGUGAACACGCCCAUUAAGUACUCCCACGCCAAUCCCAGUAUCAGAACCCCCCCUCCAACCCUCGGCCAACACACCGACGAGGUCCUUGGCGGAAUUCUAGGAUAUGGUGAAAAUGAAAUCCGUCAAUUGAAGAAGGAUGGGGUGGUAUCGUAGAGUAUAGACGCUCCGUUUGUGAACCCGAUCAAAGGAGGGAGUUAACCACAAUGAUAUCUCCGGCCAGAUGGAAUGCGCAAAUCUUCACUUGCACAGCCAUGUUCUGGAGCAUAGUGUAAAUACACACAUAUAUAAGUCUUUUGAUAUGCAGAGAUUACCAACAGCCUUGCAGCAUUGAUAUUAAGCGGAGUUGUCAUCGCAGCAGUAAUGCCGUUCUCGAUCGGGGUGGGGAAACGGAUACUGUCACGUGACGAUAUAUAGACUUGAUCCGACCAUUAUCGCUUCAGCCAUUUGAACUCC